GUCACGUGAGGGCGGUGCACAGGUGUGGUACAAGCCAAGGUAAGCGCGGAAGUAAGCGAGGAACUCAACGAGAGAAGUUUCAGAAAGACGAUUAAUCGAGUUUUUAUGCUGCCAGACGAACAACAAUAACACGUUCAUUAUGGCCCUCAGUGACGGCCUCUCCCACUGUAAACUGGCUCUAGCCUUCGCUGUGUUGAUGGACUUACUGGGAGGAGCCGCUCUGCUGGUGGGAGUCUUCGCCCCACUGGAGAUCAAAGGACAGGACUUUGGAGACUUACUGGUGUAUACUGGAGCUCUGUUUGUGCUGAUGUCUCUGGCCGGGUGGGUGUUGUGGUACAGCGGAAACAUCGACGGCCUGACGACCAAGAAGGAGCUGGGACACAUCGGCAGCGCCGUCGACCGGCUGGCUCGCAACCUGAGCCGCAAGAUCCGCACGUACAGGACCCAACGCUGAGCCGGCCAGGAAGAUGUCUGGAUUUUUAAAAAUUUUAACAGUAUGUCUGUGUUUGUCAGUGUUAAUAUGAAAUAGUGAAUUUGUUACCUCGACUACUGAAGUACACAAAAUGUUUUCUUGCUGUUCUGUUACAGAGUCGUGCUAUUGAUGUUUUAUUCUCGUUAGUAUAUUUUUAUGUCUAAUGUUGUUCAGUAAAAACGUGGUCUCAUGUUGUAUUUCAAUAAAAGACAUUUCAUACAUGGA